AUGCAGUCACAACGACUCCAAUCGCGCCAGCACGACAUCUACCUGGAUGGUUCGGACAGUGACGUGGACCAGCGAUCCGUAUCGUCUUCAAAAGCGCAGAAUGUGCGCUGCACACCCAGAAUGCUCGCCAAAGAACAGGACGGCACACAGUCCUGGUCAGGAGAAAAUGACAUGCCCAUGACAAAUUCUCCGCUAAAGCGUACGCAGGCAUUGCGGUCCUUGGCUGCGAAGCGCGCCGAUGCCGCCGUGUACGAGGCCGCGGCACACUUCGAUCGCAUGGCACUCCCUGAUGAAGAAGGCGCAGUUCCACUGCUGAUAAAUGACACAACAGCAUCAUACGAUGAGCAGGCAGAGAAUCCGCACAGAGCGCCGAAGCCACAAGCAGUGCUGAGUGCGCUUCAGCACUCGGUAUACGCCCAAUUUUCCGGCGCAGGCCUCGUUGAUCAUGCAUGCCGCGGUGGGAUUGGCGUUGUGUUUGUGUGUGCGGACGUAACGCAAUCGUCUAACAUGGUGGGAGGUCCGCAUGCGUGUUACGCGCAGUAUUUUGGCGAGUCGCAUGCCUUUAACACAGUCGUCUCUUUGGAUGCCGCUAGCCUUGCGCCGAUGCACAUGGUGCGGCGCGCAAAACUGACGGAUCAAGGCGUGCUUCGGCGUGCUGAACUCAAGGGACUUAUCGACGUGCUACAGCGUACUGUCGAACGAAAUGAGUACGAAUGUAUUCAUGUAUGUGUGAGCAGCGCUUAUGUGGCCAAGGCCUGGGGCACUUGGAUACCACAGUGGGAAGCGUCCGGAUGGCCGGGCGAGGCAGACUCGGAAACAGCAAGCCACUCGUCGAGGCUCGGCCUGCGUAGGAGUAGCAGUGCAACGCGCUCCCUUUCUUCGUCCAAUUCUGGAUCGCGAGUGCGUACGCCGAUCGGAAUGCGCUUGGAUGUGGACCUCACCAACUCGCCAAAGCACAGAAUGACCCGCUCUCCGCUUGCGAAAAAACACGGCGCAGGAGCAGGCAAUUAUGCUGUGCAAACAGCAGACACGCUUAGUACGCCCCCGCGUCCUCAGCGCCGUCCACGACAAUUGGAUGCCGACUCGCCCAAAGACAGUUUUCAGACUACGGACUAUAGUACGUCGCCCGCAAGUGGGUCUACACAAUCAGGGCGUAAAUCUGCGCGCCGUUUGGUUGAUGAAGAUUUGCUGCGUGAGCUGUCCCUAUUGCGCAAAGAGUUUGUGCAGAUGGAACUGCAGUCGGGGCCACGCGUGCAUCUUUAUUUGAUUGACCGCGUGCACAAUCCAGCAGGCUCAUUGGCUGCGAUGGACGAGAAGGUGUACAAACGAGACGCUUUGCAGGUGCCGCAAAGUCAUUCGCGCCAAGCACUGUACACGCCCGAUAGUUUGGCGGUGGGCGACUCGCCUACAAAGCGCGGAAUGCCUGCACGGAUCAACGAGCUUGGCCGUGCGUCUCCUUUCCUCAUCCGUCCCACGAAAAGUGUGUCACAGCAGAGCGGAGUGGAAGAGGAUGAGGAUGCGAGCACAGGGCGCAUACUCUUUUCGCGCAAGGCAACUAGUACGCUAUCGCCCCCGGCUCCAGCGUCGCCAACACUCUCCACACGAUCGCGCUCCAAACAGCCACGGUCGCCUAAAUCUGUGCGAGCACCGCCUACGCCUGCGCCUGUUUUGGUUCCUUUACCAUUGCCUGAUCUUGACCAUCCCAUAUCACCAGCAUCCGUUGAGACAAACGAUCCCCCUGCACCUUUGUCUCCUCUUUCUCCCUCUGCGAUACAAGAUACCACGCCAAAGCCAUUAACAAUUGAGGCAUUGCAAGAGCAUGACCGUGCCACGGAAGAAAACGACAAAGCAAAGUCGGGUCGUCGCUUUCCCGGCCGCAAAGCGAUGAGCAUUCGCUCCGGCGCCCGGUCCGAGAGUGGCUUCUCCAUUCUUUCGCGCCUCACUGCAAAAAUGUUUCGUCGUGGCGAUCGUGGACAUGAACUGCCGCCGACGCCAGACAUUGGGGCAGAUGUGGGCGAGUCUAACGCGUUAGGGAUUAGCAUUCACGGCGUCCCGCUUGCCUUGGCAAAUACAGGCGGCAUUGUAAAGGUGCCCUCCCCUAUUCCGCCCCCUCUAGCGCGUCCAAGUGACGCUGGACCUGCACCUGCACCUGCUAUACCAUCUGCUAUGUCAUUUCGAAUGGCAUCACCUCCGAAACUCCAUGUCGCGCCUCAUUCCGCUCGCGCCAUACCUGCAGAGCUGCCACCGACUUCGCCGCCCUUUGUAAAGAAGACGCUGCUCCCAAGCACGUCUCAGCCGGACUUGCGCGCAAUAUCACGCGAAUCUGCAAAUGCAGCGAUCGGCACUGAACAGCUUUGGAGAGACGCAGGUUCACAGCGCACCAAAGCAAUGCCGUCGCGUGCAAGGUCACCCCAUCGUCGUGCGGAUGCGCGGCGCAACGCACGCCCUUUGCCAGAGGCGCAAAGCGAAGCGCCGAGUGUUUCGCGCAGUACGCGCCGAGCCACGGAGCUCUCGGAUACGAGUAUCACGCAAUGCAAGCAGCGCUUGCUCGAGGCGCUGUGUAUAUCCGAGCAGCCGGAAGACCCGGAAUUGGGUCGUGCGUUUGCAGAUAUGCAGCCUGAAGAAAUAGACAUGUAUAUCGAAAAGCAGCGGACGGACGAAGAGGACACGCUCCAAUUUAUACCGCUGGCUGAGCCUGUGGACGGGCCCAAGACCAUUGAUGGCGCUACGCCCAUGAACACGUUUCCGCUGGAAGACGGGCAAGCAAUCUAUGUUGGGUUCCGAGCAAAUGCAAACGCCGCGCCUGCGGAGCCUUCCGUACAGCUGGCAUCAUUCCAGGACGAAGAAGGGGAGAUGGAGCCAGACAAGUAG